GCUGUUUCUUCCAAACGGGAAGAAGAAGGGAGAAGUACCAAGUUGUUGGCCUGGCCAAAAUCAGGGAAAAUAUAGUUAAAUAGCCUAAUCUAGACUGCCAACCGUAAUAUUUAAUAAUUAUAAACAAUAUACAAAUAGUUGGUACCUCAUAAAAUGGCGCACGCCACUCCUCAGGGCGUUAAGCUGUUGAACGGAUGGAAGCGUCCGGGCCGUUUUGACAAGGGCUUGGGAGCCCAGCUGCCCGAGGCCUACAAGAAGUUCUGGCGCGAGUGGAAGCUGACAACCCCGGCCGCCGUGCACUACAUCCCCAAGGAUCAUCAAUGGGAGCGCGAUCCUGUGACGCAUGCUAUCAAGCCGGUGCAAAACAUCCCGUUGCCCCUAAUAGACACGCCGGAAUCCCAUCAGGGCAUCUGGGGUGGCGAGGCUGUGAUCAAGGGUUUUCAGAAGCGAGAGCAAACGAAGCGCCGUGUCCCGCACUUCUGGGUGCCCAAUCUUCGCCGUUCGGUAGUACACAGCCAUGUGUUGGACUCCUACAUGUCCGUGGUGGUGACGGAGCGCACGCUGGAACAGAUUCACGAGUGCCACGGCUUUGAUCACUAUCUCCUUAAGAAUAGGGCCUGCGAUCUCCGGUCCGCCUUGGCCUUGAAACUCAAGCGGGAAGUGCUGAAAGCUUUGCAGAAUGGUGUUCCAGCUCUCGAUGCUGAACCCGACCGCCAGCAGGAGGUACUUAAGGAGUACUCGCGCUAUCUGGAGACGUACACGCCGGAGGAAAUUGAUUGGUACGGACACACCUACAUAGAGGCCAUUCGAAAGCUGCAGAAGCAGCUGCGCGACGCCGAAGAAGUGAAGCCCCACAAGGUUGAGUUCCGCAGCAAGCUGAUCGAGCAGCUUCGCCAAGCGGGCAUAAGCGAGGCAGGAAAGCUGGAGAAGUCUGGAGAUGCGCUGGCGGAAUCAUCGACGGAGCACAAGGACUCGGACAUCGAGGCGCUGACUAAGCUGGAGUCCUCGCCCUCUUCCAACUGGUUAUCCAAGAUUAAUCCUUUUGGCAAGAAGGAGACCUAAGCCAGCCAGUCGUCCUUGUUUGUUUUUGAUUUAUGUGUUUAGCCUCGAAAGAAUAAACAUAAUUUCGGAAACAAAUUUCGUUCUCAUUA